AUGACAAUGUCAUCGAGAAAUUAUUUUACGUAUAGAAUUCAAAACACAUAAUUUGAAAAACAUAUGGCCAGUGACUCUACAACAAGUAUUCCUAUAAAUGAGCAGAGUGAUUUAUCAAACUGGUCAACAGAUGUUGAAAACAGAAAAAAAGCAAAUGUUAAAACGAUUCAAAAUAAAUUACCUCUUUUAAGUAAUAAGAAGAAUGAUGUAGAAUUGCCUAAGAAAAAGAAAAAAGUCGUUUCCGUGUGCCUUACUCAUUGCAGAUAUGAAAUUAUACGAAAAGUGGCCCAGAAAUUUGAAUAUAAAGAAGUGUCGGAGGGUGAAAACUGGAAUUUGUAUUGGACUGAUCUAUCUAUAACAGUGGAGAGAUGCAAAGAUAUGAAAAGAUUCCAAAAGAUUAACCAUUUUCCAGGAAUGCUAGAAAUAUGUAGAAAAGAUCUCCUAGCCCGUAAUUUAAAUCGAAUGCAAAGACUCUUUCCACGUGACUACAAUUUCUUUCCUAAAACGUGGUGCUUUCCUGCCGACUUAGGUGAAGCUAUAACUUACGCUAAACUUCGUAAAAACAAAACGUUUAUAUUAAAACCCGACGCUGGUAGUCAAGGUAGGGGCAUAAUUAUAACUAAAUCGCUAAAAGAAAUUAGACCUUCUGAUAGGGGAAUAUGUCAAGUGUAUAUUUCAAAACCCUGUUUAAUUGAUGGAUACAAGUUCGAUUUAAGAGUUUAUACUUUGAUAACAAGUUGUGAGCCCCUCAGGAUUUAUAUUUAUAAAGAAGGUUUAGUGCGUUUUGCAACCAGUGAGUAUAAAGAACCUAAUGGUGUAAAUAUUACGAAUGUUUUUAUGCAUUUGACUAAUUAUGCAGUAAAUAAACAUAGUAGAACCUACAACCAAGAACUAGAUGGUUCGGGAAGCAAAAGAAAACUUUCCUGGUUCAAUAGUUAUAUGAGAAGCCUAAAUUACGACAUCGAUACACUUUGGUGUAAAAUCGAUGAUGUGAUAAUUAAAACAGUACUAAGCGCAUAUCCAGUAUUGAAACAUAGUUAUUUGGCCUGUUUCCCAAAUCAUGAUGUAUUUCCUGCUUGUUGCGAACUUCUAGGAAUCGAUAUUAUGUUGGAUAAGAAGAUGAAUCCGUUGAUAUUAGAAGUAAAUCACUCUCCAAGUUUUCAUACAGAUACUAUAUUAGAUUCUGAAGUCAAAGAAGCUCUAUUAAGCGAUAUGUUUGCUAUGAUGAAUUUAGAACGAUGUAACAAAAGAAGAAUAAUGCGAGAAGACAGAAAAAGAAUAAGAGAGCGACUACUUCACGGCCACAAAGAAAAAGAAUAUCAAUCAGCGACCGAUGUAAAGUGUUUUGCAGAAUAUUUCAAAAACGAAGUUUCUAAUAAAGGAGGAUUUAGGUUAGUGUAUCCAUCUGGCAACUCGGAACAUGCAUAUGGAAAAUAUUUUGAUCAGGGACAAAAUACUUUGUAUUGCGAUACUGCUUCUAGUAGAGCUCGAGAAGCGGCUCAAAAUGCAUUAAGAGAUGAAAUGCAGCUUAAAGCUAAGCUAGAAGCAGCUAAAAGAAUACCUCCAACGAUUAAGCACGAUUCACGGUCACAAUCGUUAUCGCAGUCUACUACUAGUAGAUCUGUAUCAAGGAGUAGCAAAAUCAUUUCGCCCGUGUCAUCUGUCAUGACGAAGUCUGUAGCCCAUAGAAAUUCAUUUGAUCCCCAGCCAAUCAAUGAGUCAGAAGAAAAAGAGAGGUUAAAAGGUAUGGCGCAAAGAGAUUAUCUACUACGAAGCCAUGGCAUUUUAGAAGUUAUUUAUUUUUCAAUGAAAAGAAAUAAAGUUUUACGCGCACAUGAUGAUAGAAAAUAUGCCAUUUUCGAAAAAAUUAGAAACGCAAGUCAAGUGAUAAAUAAACAGAAAGAAAGAGCACCUACAAUUACGGACAUGUUAGAAGACAUAAAAGAACUUAAACAUCAAGGAGCUGGAGAGACUGCUGAAAAUAAGAAACACGUAUUUAAUAAUACGAAUCAUACGUUAAUGGCUCCUGUGGGAAAAGAAAUAAUUAGGGAAUGGGCUAAGUUAAAUAAAACUACCACAUUAAAUCAUGUAUACACCGAAGUUGACAAUAAAGGCAAUGUGAAGUAUUCUAGAUUUGGCUCUAGCAUAAAACUGUGAUAUGUAUGUUGCUUUAAUUUGAAAUAGAAAUUACUCAGUAUA